AUGAUUAAAGAUUACGAUAAUUUAUUUAAAAUAGUAAUAAUAGGCAAUAGUGGUGUUGGAAAAUCCUCUCUUUUAUUAAGAUUUAGUGAUGAUUAAUUUAAUGAAAAUUAUUUGGCAACAAUAGGGGUAGAUUUUCGUUUUAAAAAAUUAUAAAUAGAUGGUAAAAAAAUAAAAUUAUAAAUAUGGGAUACCGCUGGUUAAGAAAAAUUCAGAACAAUAACUUCCGCAUAUUAUAAAGGAGCUGAUGGAAUAGUUAUUGUAUAUGAUGUAACUUCUCCAAAUUCAUUCUAGGAUUAAAUAUAAGAUAUUUAAAUUUAAGAAGAAAAAAAAUGUUGUAUAGAAUAUAUUGACUUAGGUGACUACGGGGAGUUAGGAAUAGAUAUACCAGAGUUAUCAGACUAAACCUUAAUAUAAAAUGAAAAAGCAUUAAUAAAUAAAAAUAAUAUUUUGGUAAUAUUUCUUGGUUCCACAGCUUCUCGCAAUGAACCAUAUAUAAUGAAUAUAACAGCUGAAGCCUUAAAAGAAGGUUAUAAAGUAGUUUUAUAUAAUGAUCGUUUAUAUAAUAAUUAUGAAGAAAAAGGUAGAAUAUUUCCCCUAAAAGGAUAUUAUUCUAUGUUAAAAGAUAUAAAUGACGUAGUGAAUUAUUUAAAAGAAAAAUAUUAAGACCAUAAUUUUUAUGCUGUUGGACAUUCUUUUGGAGCAAAUAUGUUAGUUAAAUAUUUAGGUGAAUAUAGAGAUUCUUCUCCUUUCAAAGGAGCGGUUUCUGUGGCAAAUCCAUUUGAUAUUCAAAAAGCGAAUUCUAAAAUAAGUAAAUAUUUUGAUGGGUAUUUAGUCGAAUGUAGAAAAAGUAUUCUUUAAAUGAGGAUGAAAUUGUUAUAAAAUCCCCCUUUACAUUUAAAUGUUGAUAUAAAAAAAGCAUUAUAAGCUUAAACUAGUUAAGAAUUUGACCUUUUAUUUUCAGCGAAAUUACAUGGGAUUUUAACUGUAGAAGAUUAUUAUAAUAAUAUUUCUUGUGUGUAAAAUUUAAAAGAUAUUAAAAUUCCACUUUUGUGUAUAAAUUCAAGGGAUGAUCCUAUUUUGCACCAUUCCACAAUACCGUUUGAAGAAGCUAAAAAAAAUGAAAAUAUUAUUCUUUUAGUUACUUAAACUGGAGGACAUGUCGGAUGGUUUGAGGGAUUUUUAAAGCCCAGAAGAUGGUAUAUUAAACCUACUUUACAAUUUAUAAGUGCUAUUAAUGAUUCUAAUAAUAAUUAUAAAUGA